GGAAGGAAGGAAGGAGGAAAAACAAGAGCAGGGGACCUGAACUAACCACGAAUGUGCACGGAAGGGGGGUUGACGACCUCUUGACCACAACCUCUCGCGGACAUCAGUAACCAUGGGGUCAGAGGCAGAUGAGGGAUCCUUGACAAAGGGGUCAUCACAGAGGAAAAGCCUGUUCUCUGUGUCAGAGGAAGACAGCGGUCUCUACUUCACCUACAGCGGAGGCUGCAACAAGCUGGAGGUUAGCAACCUGCACUAUGAGGUCAACACUGCGGCCCAGAUCCCGUGGUAUGAAAGGUUGUCAGAGUUUAAGAUGCCCUGGGAGAUGAAGGGCGACAAGCAGACUGCCAUCAGCAACCUGAACCUGCGUGUGCACAGUGGACAGAUGCUGGCCAUCAUUGGAAGCUCAGGCUGUGGUAAAACGUCCCUGCUGGACGUGAUCACGUGUCGUGACGAGGGCGGCUGCAUGACGUCGGGCCACGUGCUGAUUAACGGGCGUCCCAGCACCCCCCAGCUGGUGAGGAAGAGCAUCGCCCACGUGCGCCAGGACGACCGGCUGCUGCCACACCUCACCGUCAGAGAGACGCUCACCUUCGUGGCCAAGCUGCGGCUGCCCACACACUUCACAGACGCCCAGAGAGACCAGCGGGUUGAUGAUGUCAUCGCCGAGCUGCGUUUGCGCCAGUGCGCCCACACCAGGGUCGGCAACGACUCUGUGAGGGGCGUGUCCGGAGGGGAGAGGAGGCGGGUCAGCAUCGCUGUGCAGCUGCUCUGGAACCCUGGCAUCCUGAUCCUGGACGAGCCCACGUCAGGCCUGGACAGCUUCACAGCCCACAACCUGGUCAUCACCCUGUCCCGGCUGGCCCGGGGGAACCGCCUGGUGCUGCUGUCCGUCCACCAGCCCCGCUCCGACAUCUUCCAGCUGUUUGACCAGGUGGUCCUUCUCUCCUCUGGGUCGGCCGUGUACUGCGGCCCGGCCCGGGAGAUGGUACCCUACUUCACCAGCCUGGGACACCCCUGCCCGCGCUACUGCAACCCCUCCGACUUCUACGUGGAUCUCAUCAGUAUAGACCGGCGCAGCCCAGAGAGGGAGGCGGAGUGUUUGGAGAGGGCUGGGGUGCUGGCCACUCAGUUUGUGGAGAAGGUCAAGGGGACGGAGGACUUCAUGUGGAAGGCACCGGAGUCUUCCAACCCGCUGGAGGGUGUGAGCGACCCGCCCACGCCGCGGGACGAGGAAGUGAUCACUGUGACCAAUCAGAGAGACCGUCUUCCCGGCCGGCUCCACCAGUUCACCAUCCUCUUCAGGCGUCAGGUGUACAAUGACUUCCGGGAUCUGGUGACCAUGCUGGUGCACGGGUUCGAGGCCCUGCUCAUGGCCCUCCUGAUGGGGUUCCUGUACUUCGGGGCGGGGGAACAGAGGCUGUCCCUCCAGGACACGGUAGCGCUCCUCUACAUGAUCGGAGCGAUUACGCCGUUCGCUGUGGUGCUGGACGUCAUAGCCAAGUGUCACUCUGAGAGAGCCAUGCUGUACCACGAACUGGAGGACGGCAUGUACUCAGUCACCUCCUACUUCUUCGCCAAGAUACUGGGGGAGCUCCCAGAACACUGUGUGUUCUCAUUGGUCUACGGUCUGCCCAUCUACUGGCUGGGAGGCCUCAACCCCGCCCCUGACCGCUUCCUGCUCAACUUCCUGUUUGUGUUCCUGAUGGUGUACUGCAGCCGCGCCAUGGCGCUGUUUGUGGCGGCGGCCCUGCCCACCCUGCAGACGUCGGCCUUCAUGGGCAACGCCCUCUUCACAGUCUUCUACCUGACAGGGGGCUUCGUCAUCAGCCUGGAGAACUUGUGGAUGGUUGCCUCAUGGUUCUCCCACGCCUCCUUCAUGCGAUGGGGGUUCGAUGGAAUGCUACAGGUCCAGUUCCGGGACACCAAAUACCCCAUCACCCUCGGCAACAUCACUCUCAACUUAGACGGCAUAUUUAUAGUGGAGGCCAUGGAUAUGAACCAGUACCCACUGUACUCCUGCUACCUGGUUCUGGUUCUAGUCUGUGUGGCCUUCAUGCUCCUAUACUACCUGUCCCUCAAGUUCAUCAAGCAGAAAUCCAGUCAGGACUGGUGAAACCACCCUAGCCUGAUCUUGACUCACCAGCUGUGGGGUUCUCUCUCUACCCGGCCCCCCUCACCUGGAGAGCGUGCUCACAUCGCCUUCCAACUCCUGUUGACCGAAGCUUCAUGGUUCCAACCGCAGUUUAAAAGACUCGAUAGUAGACCAAAUGUAUUUUUUCAAAUGUUCCUAACCUAGGCUGAUCUACACAGAAAGUGUAGAUCAAAUGUACCAACCGUGAUCAUACGUGUUGGGAAUCUGUUCUGAGCGUCUUUUUAUGAAAUUCAAAUCAAAGGAAUCAUUUUGUUGCAGUACCUCUGUCUGCCACUGGAUGGCAGCCAAGUACUGCCUUCUCUGAAGACGGUUCAUGAAUGAUGGAAUUUCUUCCUCUCCUUUAUUUUGUCUUGGCAAAUGAUUAGAGUGCUACUCUGGCAGAUAUCCAUCUACAGCUUUUGCUUGUUCCAUUUUCAAUCUUCUUUUAUACAGCUUAAUCUUUUUUGUAUAUGUAAGGUUAUUAAGCUUAACAAUGUGUGUGCCAGUAUAGCGGCUCCUCUGAAAAGCUUCGGAGAGGUUUAGUAAGUCACACUCUGAAAAGGGGUUUGUGUUGCAGAUGAAAGAUUAUGUAAGUUUGUUUGCACUGGUGCAAAAGCCUGAUAAAUAUAUCUACCAAAUCUUUAGGGUCAAAAUCAAUAAAGGAUUAAAUUGUU